AUGGUAGGAUUUAGAGAGCAAUCUCAGAGGAACUUGGCGGGCAGUAGUAAUCAGAACCGCUUGCCUGUUGAGCCUUUGCUGGGCCCCUGCCUGAGUCAGGGCGCGGCACGCACUGCCACAGUUUUGCUUACGCCUCACCUCCACUGCAUGAGAGAGAGCCUCCACUCGCCACUGCCCUCCCACCACACCACCAUGGAUGAUGCCCCGCUGCCAGUGCCCCCGGUCCCCGCCCCGGCCCCGGCCCCAGCACCUCCCGCUGCUGCUGCUCCCCGGGUCCCAUUUCACUGCAGUGAGUGUGGCAAGAGCUUCCGCUACCGCUCGGACCUUCGGCGCCACUUCGCCCGGCACACUGCACUCAAACCCCACGCGUGUCCGCGCUGUGGCAAGGGCUUCAAACACAGCUUCAACCUGGCCAACCACCUGCGUUCGCACACCGGCGAGCGGCCCUACCGCUGCUCUGCCUGCCCUAAAGGGUUCCGAGACUCCACCGGCCUGCUGCACCACCAGGUCGUCCACACUGGUGAGAAACCCUACUGCUGCCUGGUCUGCGAGCUGCGCUUCUCCUCACGCUCCAGCUUGGGCCGCCACCUCAAGCGCCAGCACCGUGGGGUGCUCCCGUCUCCACUGCAGCCCGGCCCAGGCCUGCCCGCCCUGAGCGCGCCCUGCUCCGUCUGCUGCAACGUGGGCCCCUGCUCGGUGUGCGGGGGUGCGGGAGCUGCUGGCGGAGAGGGCCCAGAGGCGGCGGGCGCGGGCCCGGGCAGCUGGGGGCUGGCGGAGGCCGCGGCCGCGGCCGCCGCCUCACUGCCCCCUGCCGCGCUGGCCAGCCACCUGGAGGCCCACUCGGGGCCCGCCACCUACGGCUGCGGCCACUGCGGGGCCCUGUACGCGGCCCUGGCGGCCCUAGAAGAGCACCGGCGGGCCAGCCACGGCGAGGGUGGAGGGGCGGAGGCGACGCCCGCGGCCCCGGAGGGGGAGCCGGCGGCCGGGGAGGCCGCGUCCGGCUCGGGCCGGGGCAAGAAGAUCUUCGGCUGCUCCGAGUGCGAGAAGCUGUUCCGCUCGCCGCGCGACCUGGAGCGGCACGUGCUGGUGCACACGGGCGAGAAGCCGUUCCCGUGCCUCGAGUGCGGCAAGUUCUUCCGCCACGAGUGCUACCUCAAGCGCCACCGGCUGCUGCAUGGCACCGAGCGGCCCUUUCCCUGCCACAUUUGCGGCAAGGGCUUCAUCACGCUCAGCAACCUCUCUCGGCACCUGAAGCUGCACCGGGGCAUGGACUGA